AAUGGUUCUCUCCAGUGAUCAGCAGCUGUUGUUUGAGAAGCUGGCUCUGUACUGCGACAGCUACAUUCAGCUCAUCCCUAUAUCCUUCGUUCUGGGUUUCUAUGUUACAUUGGUGGUGAGCCGCUGGUGGAACCAGUACGAGAACUUGCCAUGGCCCGACCGCCUCAUGAUCCAGGUGUCUAGCUUCGUGGAGGGCAAGGACGAGCACGGCCGCUUGCUGCGGCGCACGCUCAUCCGCUACGCCAUCCUGGGCCAAGUGCUGAUCCUGCGCAGCAUCAGCACCUCAGUCUACAAGCGCUUUCCCAGUCUUCAUCACCUGGUGGUAGCAGGCUUUAUGACCCCUGGGGAACAUAAGCAGUUGCAGAAGUUGGGCCUACCACACAACACAUUCUGGGUGCCCUGGGUGUGGUUUGCCAACCUGUCAAUGAAGGCCUAUCUCGGAGGUCGAAUCCGGGACACUGUCCUGCUCCAGAGCCUGAUGAACGAGGUGUGUACCUUGCGGACUCAGUGUGGACAGCUGUAUGCCUACGACUGGAUCAGUAUCCCAUUGGUGUACACACAGGUGGUGACGGUGGCCGUGUACAGCUUUUUCCUGGCUUGCUUGAUUGGGAGGCAGUUUCUGAACCCAAACAAGGACUACCCAGGCCACGAGAUGGAUCUGGUUGUGCCUGUCUUUACAAUCCUGCAAUUCUUAUUCUACAUGGGCUGGCUGAAGGUGGCAGAACAGCUCAUCAACCCCUUUGGAGAGGAUGAUGAUGAUUUUGAGACCAACGGGAUCAUUGACAGAAACCUGCAGGUGUCCCUGUUGUCUGUGGACGGGAUGCACCAGAACUUGCCUCCCUUGGAGCGUGACAUGUACUGGAAUGAGGUAGCGCCUCAGCCACCCUACACAGCUGCUUCUGCCAAGUCUCGCCAACCUUCCUUCAUGGGCUCCACCUUCAACAUCAGCCUGAAGAAAGAAGACUUAGAGUUUUGGUCAAAUGAAGAGGAUGACACCGACGACAAGAGAGAGAACAGUUUUGGCAGUACCAUUGGAUGCUUCUUAGGACUGCAAUCCAAUGACUACCAUCCUCCCAGGACAGACUCAUACACCAAACUAUUGAGUUCUAAGAAGGGCCCCUCCCUUGAGGGCCAGUGUAAGGAUGCCAAACCGAAAGACCAGAAAGCUAAUGUCUGGAAAAUUAAGGGUCUGGACCUCUUCAGAGCUGUUCCAAGGCUUAAGAGGCCAAGCUACCAUCAUGACCCACAGACACCCAGCAGACACCCUCCCACGGUCUUCCCUCCUGAGCAGUCGGCACCCUCCAAUCCUUACUCAAACACAGGUAUAGACACUAAACACAAAAGCCUAACUAACAUCUCCAGCCCCACCAAGAACACCAUUGAAUUGUUCCUAGGUUCCACAGAAAGUCUACCAAGAAGGGACUACCAAGAAGUCUGUCACAUGAGAAAGAAAACUGUGGAGUUUAACUUGAACAUUCCAGAGAGCCCCACAGAACAUCUUCAACAAUGCCAUUUGGACCAGCCGCCAACCAACAUACACGCUAUACUGAAGGAGCAUGUAGGGCCCUAUCCCAACAGGGAAGAGGCUGACACCGGAACUGUCUUUUAUGAGUGACGCUUCACAGCCUGGUCAUCACCUGCAUGGAUGCCAGCAGGGCACUGACCCAGUCAGAGGCACACAGCAUCGACACCCAAGAGUAUGUUCCCACGACAAUCUGGCAAGUAACUCAGAACCAAGAUGGUUUAAGUCCUGUCUGAACACACCUGUAUUUUACUAUCUUUCCCAAACUAAGGAGUU